CUUUCCUCCCCCAAUAAUCUCUCUCUGUUGUUUCACACCCCACUCUCUCUAAAUCGUGUUCAACGUUCAGCAGCUCUCUCGCAAAAGAAGGCUUUAAAGAGGAAUUACAAACAAGAAUUAUAAAGAUUUUCUAUCAAGUCUUCUUCAGUCAGUUAAUUUAUUUGAGAGAUUUUGUUACCAAGUAGCAGCAGUACUCUUAUAUAUCUCAAUUGUCAUUAUUCUUUGUGAGAACACUCAAAAUUAAAACACAUUUCAUGCUCUGUUCUACAAAGAAGCAGGGCAUGGAACGCCUUAUUGUUGUAUGUUUAUGUGUUUCACUCCUCUCAAUCUUUGCUCUUGCUGAUCCAGGAGCAGUUGGAGUUAAUUAUGGAAGAAUAGCAAACGACUUGCCAUCAGCAGUAAAAACAGUAGAGCUUCUAAAAUCACAAGGAAUUGAUAAAGUUAAGAUAUAUGAUACUGAUUCCGCAGUUCUAAAGGCUCUAUCAGGUUCAAGCAUCAAAGUAAUUGUUUCAUUACCAAAUGAAAAUCUAACAGCAGCAGCAAAAUACCCAUCUUUUGCUCUCUCAUGGGUACAAAAAAACAUUGUUCCAUACUACCCAUUAACCCAAAUCCAUGCCAUUGCAGUAGGAAAUGAAGUUUUUGUAGAUCCAAAUAAUACAACAGAUGUCUUAGUACCCGCUAUGAAAAACGUUCAAUCAGCUCUUGUUUUUUACAAACUAGAUUCUGGUAUCAAAAUUUCAUCACCAUUUGCUUUGAGUGCAUUGCAAUCUUCAUUCCCAGCUUCAUCAGGCUCAUUCAAAACUGAAUUAAUCGAGCCAGUUAUUAAACCCAUGUUCGAUUUCCUUCGAGAAACUAAAUCUUACCUCAUGUUAAAUGCUUACCCAUUCUUUGCUUACUCAGCUAAUGCUGAUGUUAUAUCUUUAGAUUAUGCUCUGUUCCGUGAAAACCCAGGUGUAGUUGAUUCAGGAAAUGGGUUAAAAUAUACUAAUCUUUUUGAUGCUCAAGUGGAUGCUGUUUAUGCUGCCAUCAAAGCUUUGAAAUAUGAUGAUGUUGAUAUCGUUGUUACUGAAACUGGUUGGCCUUCCAAUGGUGAUAAAGAAGAAAUCGGUGCUAAUCCAGAAAAUGCACAAGCUUAUAACGGAAACCUAGUAAAAAGAGUAUUAACUGGUGGUGGAACUCCAUUGAAAUCAGAAACAAAGCUUGUUGUUUAUUUGUUUGCUCUGUAUAAUGAGAACAAGAAAUUUGGUCCAACUUCAGAGAGAAAUUACGGUCUUUUCUAUCCCAGUGAAGAGAAAGUUUACGAGAUACCGUUUACAUUGGAACAAGUCAAGACAUGGAAGUUAAAGCCAGCCAGUGAUCGUAAAGCUCAAUCUCAGGCACCUACAAAGCCUGUUUACGGUGGUGAGUCUGCUGGAAGUAAUGGAACAAGUGGGGUUUCGAAUUCGUCCUCUGCAAAGGGUCCAUUUUGUGUUGCGAAUGUGAAAUCAGGGAAGGAAAGAUUACAGAAGGCUUUAGAUUAUGCUUGCGGUGCUGAAGGUGGCGCUGAUUGUCGUUCGAUUCAACCUGGUGCUGCAUGUUAUGAUCCUAACACACUGGGUGCACAUGCCACGAUAGCUUUCAACUCGUAUUAUCAGAACAAAGGACGUGCUAAUUCAGCUUGUUAUUUUGGUGGUGCUGCUUACGUUGUUACUGUUCCUCCAAUUGCAGAGUUAGGCAAGUGUGAUCUGACUAUGGAUAGUGAAGAAGAUAACGGUACCAAAGGAGCUGGGAAAUUGUUCGUACAGACCAAUAAUAAAGAGAACGCUGAGGCUGUUGAAGUGAGCUUAUCAAGCCCUAGAUUAGUGACACUGUUAGGUAGUGGCACUUUUGGAAUUAGUUGGGUAUUGUUAGUUUUAAUGUAUUUAUCGUUUUAAUUCUUUUGUUUAGAGUAGUUAAGAAGGUUUGAGUAUGAAGAUUAAAUGAGAGUUGGUAGUUGCAGUGAUCAACUUGUUUUGUAAUUAAAGUGAAUUCCAUUCCAUCAAUACAUUUAAUUUGACCUUAUUUAUUUUUCUUAAUUCAA